AUGGCUGCGAGCAAUAGUCCUCAACUUUGCGCAGAUGCUGCGGCAUACCCCGUGGAAUCAGAUGGGACAUCGAAGACCCUCAAAUAUCAUCUACUUGGCCCUUCAUUGACCAAAGCUGGCCAAGAGAAAGUGGACCAAAGUAAAGUAUCAGAAAUUAUUUACAAUGCCUCCAGAGGUUCAAAAUUCUUUAACCGGGAGGAGGUUAGAGACCAAGUUUUAACAAAAAAGAUUGAACAAAUUCUUGCAAGAAAACGUCAGCUUGAACAGGCGGACCUCACCCAGGAACUCCGAAAUGCGGAUCGCGUUAUUCAUGAGUUCGAACUGUCAAGAGACCUUACCCAACAUAUUGUUCACAUUGACUGCGAUGCCUUCUAUGCAGCCGUAGAACAAUUAGAACGUCCUGAGCUCAAAGACGUACCGUUUGCUGUUGGCGGAGGUGUGUUAACGACGUGCAACUAUGUUGCAAGACAAUUCGGGUGUCGAUCCGGCAUGGCUGGUUUUGUGGCGAAAAAGCUGUGCCCUUCUUUGAUUCUGAUUAAGCCAAGCUUUCCGAAAUACACAGCUAAAGCCCAGGAGAUUCGAGAGAUUCUUGCAGAUUACGACCCACGGUUUGAAAGUGCAAGUAUAGAUGAAGCCUACCUCAACAUAACCGAGUACUGCCACGACCAAGAUGCCACUCCGGCUGAAGUCAUUGAGCAAAUGAGACGAGAAAUCUACCAAAAAACAGAUAUAACAGUGUCAGCCGGCAUUGCCGCAAACACAAAACUUGCGAAGAUCUGCUCAAACAUGAACAAACCGAAUGGCCAGUACGUGCUACCGUCCGAUCGUACAUCCAUCAUGGCAUUCAUGAGAGACUUGCCAACCAGGAAAGUAAAUGGUAUUGGUCGCGUGCUUGAACGUGAGCUUUUGGAGCUCGGUGUGAGAACCUGCGGCGAUAUAUACGAUCAAAGGAAAUAUCUCAACAUGUUGUUUGGGGACAAAACUUUCGAGUUUCUGAUCGGCUGCUACCUUGGACUUGGCCGUACGAAGAUACAACCUGCCGAGGAAUACGAGCGAAAGAGCAUCGGAACGGAGAGCACGUUUCGAGAGUUGUCGGAUUCUGUGAAAUUAAGGGAGAAGUUGCGAUGGACAGCCGAGGAACUAGAAAAAGAUAUGGAAAGAGCUCAUUGCAAAGGCCGAACUCUCUGCUUGAAGAUAAAACUACAUACGUUCGAGGUCUUUACCCGACAGGUUGUAAUGCCGCGGGCCAUAUGCUCUGCUGAUGAGCUGUACAACUUUUCUCUACCGAUUCUCACAAAGCUCGAGCAAGAGAUACCAGCUAUGAAACUUAGACUAAUGGGAUUGCGAUGUACGCAUCUUGUGAGCACCAAAAAGCCAGACACAAUGGCUUUCUUUGGUCUCAGAAGAAAGGAAAUGACUCGUACGGGAGACCAGUGUCAGCCCAACCAGAAUUUAGAGAGCCAAAUAACGUACGACAAGACCGAGGUAUUGGAAAGCCUACCCGCUGAAGAUUACAUCCCAAGCGUGGCGUCUGGUCAAUUAUGCAAUAAUCAAAGCUUUGAGAGCUCCAAACUUGGCAGACAUGGUAAGGAGGUUGUACCUAAUCCCAACAAACAUGGGCUGGAUAGAAGAGAAGAGUGGUGGGACUGCCCUAUUUGCUUUCGGCCACAAGAGGCUAAUGAAAAGACGUUUAACAACCACAUUGACCUUUGUUUAUCGCGGAAGACGAUACGAGACGCAGUUCAGUGUCAGAUACCAAUGAAGGCAGUGGCGGUUCAGCCUGAAUUGAAGCGGCUGUCUCUGAACAAGAAGAAGGAAAAGGUUCUUCCAGGAGAUCCAAAGCAGAAAAGGCUUUCGUUUGGAUGA